AUGUCACUCGCAGUGGAAGUCGAAGAAAGCGUCCUCUGGCAACGGGGCUUCGCCGCCCUGGAUCAAGAGGUACCGGCGCCUUCGUCCUCUGUUCUGUCUCCCUCUCCGGUGGCUUCUACCUCGGGUUCAGAUCCUCAGAGCUCCCAUCCUCAUCAGACCGUGAGGCUGCCUGAGACGCCGGCCCAUUCAUCAUCUAUGAUGGAUACUACAGCCGGCUCGGGUCCAUCGGGCUCCAUUGCCCUUCGGUCCUCGAGGGGUUUGCGAAACCACUCGAGGCGAAAGAACGGACGGACCUCCUCAGCCAUUGCACCAGCUGUCGUCAUCGGCAGCUCUAUUGUAAGAAACAUCUUGUUCCCGGGGCAAAAACCCUGUGCUACCCAGGAGAAUGAAUACAGGACAUUACAAGGCUGCUUAUUUGCUCUUUUUUUUUGUUAUCUUAAACUGCAUUGUUGGUUAAGGGCUUGUAAGUAUGCGUUUCUCUGUAAUGUCUACACCUGCGCAUGUGGCAAAUAAAAUGUGAUUUGAUUUGAUUUGUAUGCAGUAAUAAUGUGCCUAUGAACCAGAGUGAUACUGUUAGCACUGAGCCGGUGUGCCCUAGUAGGAAGUCCACUAUCAGCUCCAAUAUAAAUAGCAUGUCUACUUCUGAUUAGCUUCCCAGUAAAGCAUUUUAAAAAAUCAAGCAACCCAGAAAAGUGCUAUGAAUAGCCCCUAUUAACAUAUGUAGCCUAAGAAACAAGGUUCAUGAAAUCAAUAAUUUGCUAGUAACAGAUGACAUUCAUAUUCUGACUAUCUCCGAAACUCACUUAGAUAAUACAUUUGAUGAUACAGUGGUAGCAAUCCAUGGUUAUGACAUCUACCGAAAAGACAGAAAUGCCAAUGGGGGCAGUGUUGCGGUCUAUAUUCAGAACCACAUUCCUGUAAAGCCUAGAGAGGAUCUCAUGUUAAAUACUGUUUAAGUAAUAUGCCUACAGGUUCAGAUGCCUCACCUAAAGCCCAUUCUUGUGGGAAGCUGCUAUAGACCACCAAGUGCUAACAGUCAGUAUCUGGAUAACAUGUGUGAAAUGCUUGAUAAUGUAUGUGAUAUCAACAGAGAGGUAUAUUUUCUGGGUGAUUUAAAUAUUGACUGGCUUUCAUCAAGCUGCCCACUCAAGAAAAAGCUUCAAACUGUAACCAGUGUCUGCAACCUGGUUCAGGUUAUCAGUCAACCUACCAGGGUAGUUAAAAACAGCACAGGAAUGAAAUCAUCAAAAUGUAUUGAUCACAUCUUUACUAAUGCUGCAGAAAUCUGCUUUAAAGCAGCAUCCAAAUCCAUAGAUCCAUAGGAUGUAGUGAUCACAAUAUAGUAGCCAUAUCUAGGAAAACCAAAGUUCCAAAGGCUGGGCAUAAUAUAGUGUAUAAGAGGUCAUACAAUAAAUUCUGUAGUGAUUCUUAUGUUGAUGAUGUAAAUAAUAUUUGUUGGUCCGUGGUGUGUAAUGAGUAGCAACCAGACCCUGCACUUGACACAUUUAUGCAAUUGCUUAUUCCAGUUACUAAUAAGCAUGCACCCAUUAAGAAAACGACUGUAAAAACAGUGAAAUACCCUUGGAUUGAUGGGGAAUUGAAAAAUGUUAUGGUUGAGAGGGAUGAGGCAAAAGGUAUGGCAAAUAAGUCUGGCUGCACAACCGAUUGGUGCACAUCCAAUCAUGUGACUAAACUAAAUAAAAAGAAGAAUAAAAUAUACUAUGAAACAAAAAUACAUGAUAUAAAGAAUAAUACUAAAAAGCUUUGGAGCACCUUCAAUGACAUUUUGGGCAAAAAGUCAAACGGCUCAUACAUCAUAUUGGCAUCAUAUUGAUAUUGGCAACUACUUUAAUGUUUUUUCAUUGGCAAGAUUAACAAAUUUAGGCAUGACAUUCCAGCAACUGUUAGAAAUUGCGUAAUUCAAAUCUGGUAUUGGAAUAAGAAUCAAGAGAUCUUCAAUCCAAGCUUAAUUUAUUAUAUGCAAAAUGUAUGUAUGAUAAGUAUGAAGGUUCGUAUAUACGGGUCCACUGAAAUACCACGCAGGGCACUCAGAGAACUAAACUAUUGUUUACAGGUUCUUUCUCAAAUACUCUGACAGAGAGUUCCCACCUCUUCUGUUGGCCAAUCAGAGUAAAGGACUGAGUGUGGUUUAGACUUUACUCAGCCAAUCCAUUGGCGCACGGGUUAGUCCCAAUCCCUUGGUGCUCCACCCCUUGGCACUCCACCGUUCCCAGGCAUAAGUUGCUAUCAUAAUAACCUGUCGAGUCAGCACCCAAUCUGUACUCUAUGUACCUACGUUCAAGUACGGUUUCACAGACAACAAAGAGAGAGUGUUCGUAUCUGUAAGAAAUACAAGUCUUAUCUGUCCUACCCCUAACGUUCCUUACAUGAAUCACAGCCUGUUAUGUGAAAAAAUUUAUAUCAGUAUAGUACAAACCUAUGCUUAUCAUUAAUGCAUUCCUUCUAAGUUAUUCAUCACAUACAGAUCCAAUUAUGAGAAAAAUAGAACCCAACACAACAAAUGCUGACACUACACAUCCAAGUACAGUGGGGAAAAAAAUUAUUUAGUCAGCCACCAAUUGUGCAAGUUCUCCCACUUAAAAAGAUGAGAGAGGCCUGUAAUUUUCAUCAUAGGUACACGUCAACUAUGACAGACAAAAUGAGAAAAAAAAAUCCAGAAAAUCACAUUGUAGGAUUUUUAAUGAAUUUAUUUGCAAAUGAUGGUGGAAAAUAAGUAUUUGGUCACCUACAAACAAGCAAGAUUUCUGGCUCUCACAGACUUGUAACUUCUUCUUUAAGAGGCUCCUCUGUCCUCCACGUGUUACCUGUAUUAAUGGCACCUGUUUGAACUUGUUAUCAGUAUAAAAGACACCUGUCCACAACCUCAAACAGUCACACUCCAAACUCCACUAUGGCCAAGACCAAAGAGCUGUCAAAGGACACCAGAAACACAAUUGUAGACCUGCACCAGGCUGGGAAGACUGAAUCUGCAAUAGGUAAGCAGCUUGGUUUGAAAAAAUCAACUGUGGGUGCAAUUAUUUGGAAAUGGAAGACAUACAAGACCACUGAUAAUCUCCCUCGAUCUGGGGCUCCACGCAAGAUCUCACCCGUGGGGUCAAAAUGAUCACAAGAACGGUGAGCAAAAAUCCCAGAACCACACGUGGUGACCUAGUGAAUGACCUGCAGAGAGCUGGGACCAAAGUAACAAAGCCUACCAUCAGUAACACACUACGCCGCCAGGGACUCAAAUCCUGCAGUGCAAGACGUGCCCCCCUGCUUAAGCCAGUACAUGUCCAGGCCCGUCUGAAGUUUGCUAGAGUGCAUUUGGAUGAUCCAGAAGAGGAUUGGGAGAAUGUCAUAUGGUCAGAUGAAACCAAAAUAUAACUUUUUGGUAAAAACUAAACUCGUCGUGUUUGGAGGACAAAGAAUGCUGAGUUGCAUCCAAAGAACACCAUACCUACUGUGAAGCAUGGGGGUGGAAACAUCAUGCUUUGGGGUUGUUUUUCUGCAAAGGGACCAGGACGACUGAUCCGUGUAAAGGAAAGAUUGAAUGGGGCCAUGUAUUGUGAGAUUUUGAGUGAAAACCUCCUUCCAUCAGCAAGGGCAUUGAAGAUGAAACGUGGCUGGGUCUUUCAGCAUGACAAUGAUCCCAAACACACCACCCGGGAAACGAAGGAGUGGCUUCGUAAGAAGCAUUUCAAGGUCCUGGAGUGGCCUAGCCAGUCUCCAGAUCUCAACCCCAUAGAAAAUCUUUGGAGGGAGUUGAAAGUCUGUGUUGCCCAGCGACAGCCCCAAAACAUCACUGCUCUAGAGGAGAUCUACAUGGAGGAAUGGGCCAAAAUACCAGCAAUAGUGUGUGAAAACCUUGUGAAGACUUACAGAAAACGUUUGACCUGUGUCAUUGCCAACAAAGGGUAUAUAACAAAGUAUUGAGAGACUUUUGUUAUUGACCAAAUACUUAUUUUCCACCAUAAUUUGCAAAUAAAUUCAUAAAAAAUCCUACAAUGUGAUUUUCUUGAUUUUUUUUCCUCAUUUUGUCUGUCAUAGUUGACGUGUACCUAUGAUGAAAAUUACAGGCCUCUCUCAUCUUUUUAAGUGGGAGAACUUGCACAAUUGGUGGCUGACUAAAUACUUUUUUCCCCCACUGUAUAUCUGACCAAAUUAUGAAAGACAAGCAUUGUACUUUGGAUGAAGUGAAAAAAGUAUUGUUGUCUAUCAACAACGACAAGCCACCGGGGUCUGACAACUUGGGUGGAAAAUUACUGAGGAUAAUAGUGGACGAUAUUGCCACUCCUAUUUGCCAUAUCUUCAAUUUAAGCCUACUAGAAAGUGUGUGCCCUCAGGCCUGGAGGGAAGCAAAAGUAAUUAUGUUACCCAAGAAUAGUAAAGCCCCCUUUAAUGGCGCAAAUAGCCGACCAAUCAGCCUGUUCCCAACCCUUAGUAAACUUUUGGAAAAAAGGGUGUUUGACCAGAUACAAUGCUUUUUUACAGUGAACAAAUUGACAACUGACUUUCAGCACGCUUAUAGGGAAGGACAUUCAACAAGCACAGCACUUACACAAAUAACUGAUGAUUGGCUGAGUGAAAUUGAUGAUAAAAAGAUUGUGGGAGCUGUUUUGUUAGACUUCAGUUCGGCUUUUGACAUUAUCGAUCAUAGUCUGCUGCUGGAAAAACGUAUGUGUUAUGGCUUUACACACCCUGCUACAUUGUGUAUAAAGAGUUACCUGUCUAACAGAACACAGAGGGUGUUCUUUAAUGGAAGCCUCUCCAACAUAAUCCAGAUAGAAUCAGGAAUUCCCCAGGGCAGCUGUCUAGGCCCCUUACUGUUUUCAAUCUUUACUAACGACAUGCCACUGGCUUUGAGUAAAGCCAGUGUGUCUAUGUAUGCGGAUGACUCAACACUAUACACGUCAGCUACUACAGUGACUGAAAUGACUGCAACACUUAACAAAGAGCUGCAGUUAGUUUCAGAAUGGGUGGAAAGGAAUAAGUUAGUCCUAAAUAAUUCAAAAACUAAAAGCAUUGUAUUUGGGGCAAAUCAUUCACUAAACCCUAAACCUCAACUAAAUCUUGUGGGAAUUGAGCAAGUUGAGGUGACUAAACUACUUGGAGUAACCCUGGAUUGUAAACUGUCAUUGUCAAAGCAUAUUGAUACAUUUACAUUUUAGUCAUUUAGCAGAUGCUCUUAUCCAGAGCAACUUACAGUUAGUGAGUGCAUACAUUUUUCAUACUGGCCCCCCGUGGGAAACAAACUCACAACCCUGGCGUUGCAAGCGCCAUGCUCUACCAACUGAGCUACACGGGGCCCUGAUACAACAGUAGCUAAGAUGGGGAGAAGUCUGUCCAUAAUAAAGCGCUGCUCUGCCUUCUUAACAAUAUCAACAAUUGACGCACCUGGACUACUGUUCAGUCGUGUAGUCAGGUGCCACAAAGAGGGACUUUACAAUUGGCUCAGAGCAGGGCAGCACGGCUGGCCCUUAAAAGUCCAUGGGGAGCUAACAUUAAUGAUAUGCAUGUCAAUCUCUCAUGGCUCAAAGUGGAAGAGAGAUUGACUUCAUCACUACUUGUUUUAAAAAAAGUUUAGACAAGCUGAAUGUACCGAGCUGUCUGUUUAAACUACUGGCAUACAGCUCGGACACCCAUGCAUACCCCACAAGUGUCACGCCCUGGCUCUGGGGACUCUUCAAUGUUGAACCAGGGUGUGGACUUGUUAUGUUUAGUUUUCUAUGGGUUUUGUUCUAGAUCGUUUAUUUCUAUGUUGGCCAGGGUGGUUCCCUAUCAGAGACAGCUGUAGCUCGUUGUCUCUGAUUGGGGACCAUACUUAGGCAGCCUGUGUUCACUAGUUGAUUGUGGGAUCUUGUUCCGUUUGGUGUGUUAUGACCUAGGACUUCACGUAUCGUUUUGUUGUUUUGGUUCGUGUGUACACUUCAAUAAAGUAUGUACGCCUAUCACGCUGCGCCUUGGUCCGCUUCUCAUAACGAUCAUGACAACAAGACAUGCCACCAGAGGUCUCUUCACAAUCCACAAGUCCAGAACAAACUAUGGGAGGCGCACAGUACUACAUAGAGCCAUGACUACAUGGAACUCUAUUCCACAUCAGGUAACUGAUGCAAGCAGUAAAAUUAGAUUUUAAAAAACAGGUAAAAAUCCACAUUAUGGAACAGCGGGGACUGUGAAGAGACACACACAAAGGUACAGAUACACGCAUUCGCACACAAACGCUAGCACACACACUCUACACACACGUACAUUGUGAUAUUGUUGUAUGGUGGUAGUAUACAUUUUGUAUUGUAGAUAGGUAGUGGUGUAAUAAUGUUAUAUGAUGGACUGUUUUAUCUUUUGUUUUAUAUGUAAUGUAAGUGCCUUAAUGUGUUUGGACCCCAGGAAUAGUAGAUGCUGCCUUGGCAACAGCUAAUGGGGAUCCCUAAUAAAUACAAAUACAAACCCAUAGAUACUUACAGAAACUUGUGGAAACUCAUAGCAACCCAUAGAAACUUUCAGAAACUCAUAGAAAUGUAUUAAGACUCAUAGCAACUCAUAGCAACUCAUUGAAACUCAUAGCAACCCAUAGAAACGCAUAGCAACCCAUAGCAACGCAUACCAACCCAUAGCAACACAUAGAAUCUCAUAGAAACUCAUUGCAACCCAUAGAAACUCAUAGCAACACACACGUAGAAACUCAUAAAAACUCAUAGUAACCCAUAGAAACUCGUAGCAACCCAUGUAAACUCAUAGCAACCAUCUAAACUCAUAAAAAUUCAUAUCAACCCAUAGAAACUCAAAGCAACCCAUAGAAACUCAUAGCAACCCAUAGAAACUCAUAGCAACUCAUUAAAACUCAUAGAAACUCAAAGGAACCCAUAGAAACUCAUAGCAACCCAUAAAAACUAAUAUAAACUCAUUGCAACCCAUAGAAACUCAUAGCAGCACACCCAUAGAAACUCAUAAAAAGUCAUAGCACCCCAUAGAAACUCAUAAAAAGUCAUAGCACCCCAUAGAAACUCAUAAAAAGUCAUAGCACCCCCCUCUCUCUCUCUCUCUCUUUAUGUGUGUUUCCCCAUGGAAAUCUAAUUAGCUUAAUAAAAACAUCCCCAUAAAAACAUGUCAGUCUAAGCUAGAGAUCUCUCUCUCUGUGUGUGUGUGCGUGUCUGCAUGUGUGUGUGCAAGCAGGUCUUCUAUCAAAUCUAAUCCAAGUAAAUAGUCAAAUGACAAUCAAACAAUGACAUCAUGCACACGGUUCAUAUCUGUCUAUUGAUAGUCAAGUUGAAUGCCGUAAGGCUGUUAAAUUCCCGUCUGCGUGUUUUACAUGACCAUAAAGCACUUCUCUAGAGAACACUAAAACACUAGAACACUAACCCCCCGUGGAAAUCUAAUUAGCAUUAUGAAAAAAUACCCAUAAAAUUCCAUCAGUUUAAGCUAGAGAUAUCUGCUUGCUAACAGGCUUCAUAAGACUAUUCUGUGAGAUAAAAUAAGGGGUUAAAUGCAUGUACAAAAAAUAAAAAAUAACCCUAACCCCUAACCCCUAACCCUAACCCCUAACCCCUAACCCUAACCCUAAUGUUUCCUGUUCUUUAUUAUAUCUCUCAGAUAUAAGACAGACACUGUUGUUCCAUGUAGUGAAUCUGUUGUUCAAUGUGUUUGUAUGGGCUAAUAGCAGUAAGGACUAUCUGUUGUUCCAUGCAGUGAAUCUGUUAUUCAUUUUACAUUACAUUUACAUUUUAGUCAUUUAGCAGACGCUCUUAUCCAGAGCGACUUACAGUUAGUGAAUACAUAUUUGUUUUUAUACUGGCCCCCCGUGGGAAUCAAACCCACAACCCUGGCGUUGCAAAUGCCAUGCUCUAUCAACUGAGCUACAUCCCUGCCGGCCAUUCCCUCCCCUACCCUGGACGACGCUGGGCCAAUUGUGCGCCGCCCAUGAGUCAAUGUGUUUGUAUGGGCUAAUAGCAGUAAGGACUAUCUGUUGUUCCAUGUAGUGAAUCUGUUAUUCAAUGUGUUUGUAUGGGCUAAUAGCAGUAAGGACUAUCUGUUGUUCCAUGUAGUGAAUCUGUUAUUCAAUGUGUUUGUACGGGCUAAUAGCAGUAAGGACUAUCUGUUGUUCCAUGUAGUGAAUCUGUUAUUCAAUGUGUUUGUAUGGGCUAAUAGCAGUAAGGACUAUCUGUUGUUCCAUGUAGUGAAUCUGUUAUUCAAUGUGUUUGUACGGGCUAAUAGCAGUAAGGACUAUCUGUUGUUCCAUGUAGUGAAUCUGUUAUUCAAUGUGUUUGUAUGGGCUAAUAGCAGUAAGGUCAAAAAUAUGUUUUUACAACAAAAAAAUUGAUACUUCAAGGAGUCUUAAAAUUCAAAAUCAAAUAGCUAAAUUAUCCUUGGUAUGACCUUUUAAAAACAAUUCCAUAUAGCUUAGUAGUACCCAGUCUUAGACAGAGUUUAGACUCUUAUGGAUUAAAUGGACUCUGAAUCUCUUCAUGUUGCUUUCCCACUGUCUCAUCUUUUCAGAUGCAAAUGGCCUUUGGUGUGUGUAUGCGUGCGUGUGUGUAUGUGUGUGUGUGUGUAUGCGUGCGUGUGUGUAUGUGUGUGUGUAUGUGUGCGUGUGUGUGUGUGUGUGUGUGUAUGUGUGCGUGUGUGUGUGUGUUUGUGUCUGUGUUUGUGUCUGUGUGUUCCUCUGUUAGAAAAAGGAGGAAGAGUGCUGAUGAGUUACAUAAUCACACUGAAGACACACACACACAAACACACACACACACACACACACACACACACACCAGGUUGUAGGUGAGAUUGCCAUGGGUAAAGUCCAGUACACUUGUCUGUCUUUAGAUUAAGGUGUGGUUUUAUACAGGCCUGUAGAACAAACAGUGACUCAGUCACUCUGAAAGACUCUGCUGUAUUGCAGAGUACUGUUCAGUAUUAUUAGAUACAUCAAAGAUGUUCAACAGAUAUAUCCUGACUGUACCUGGUAUUUGCCCUUUUCAACUCAAUGACAACAGUAGUAUAGGUAACCCUAUCCCUAACAGUAGGACAAGCUGCAAGCUGGGCACAACUGGAGGAGUAGAAAGAUGAAGUAUAUUAGACAGAAACGGAAUGCCCUUAUAUCUGUCUGUUGGGUGUUCCUGUCUAUAUUCACCUGACCUCAUUUAUCAAACUACAGCAAUUAGAAGUGAAUGGCCUUCAUAACUAUACAUGGACAAGAUCCAAAACAUUACCACCUCCUCCCUCUCUCUCUCUCUCUCUCUCUCUCUCUCUCUCUCUCUCUCUCUCUCUCUCUCUCUCUCUCUCUCUCUCUCUCUCUCUCUCUCUCUCUCUCUCUCUCUCUCUCUCUCUCUCUCUCUCUCCCAGGUAGUUAGUUAGGUCAUGUGAUCUAGCAGGGUAAAGGUGGACUGUAGUUCUGUCCCACUGACACAUUCUGCUCUGACAGCCACUCAGCGAGGUGCCUCAGAUUCUUUCCCCGAUUAAACUUCCUCCCGGCCUCAACUCGACUGGGACCCCCGUUGCCAUGUCCAUCAGCCGGAAGAACUGGUCGGCGCUGUCCCGGUAAGAGCUGGGUUAGGGGUUAUGCCUGAUGUAUAUGCGUUUUGUUUUGCCGGUUGUCUAGUCCGCAUUUUCCGUACUUGACGCACAUGUGCUUCACUUUUCAACUAGCUAAAAGCUAGUUAGUUGGUGUCAGUGUGUGUGCACUUCCAUUUGUAAAGAAACACACGAAUUGAAAAUAUUGAAGCAUGCAGUACACCAAAUGUACCGCAAUCUAGUGCGCCAUCCCCAACAUAGCAUUACGGACUGCUCCUUUGACAAUCAAUGAUUUCUGCCUGAACGCAAAGACUUUGAUGUAUCUGCUGGACAUGAGGCUUUAGGGUGUGGUGACUUUCUGUCAGGAUUGGAACAAUAACUGUUAGCCUACGAUUCAUUUACAGUAUAGCUGCGCUGUCUGUUUUCGCUGUGGACAUAAAUAAUGAUUUAGAUGUUUAGAACAGAAUGUUGUUUUGUAAUUGUAAAAGGUUAAUGGUCUUCCGAGGUUUGUGACUGCUGUCGUUGAUCAUGACAUUGAUAAGGAAAGUGAAAACUGGUCCUGUGAUAUUGCUGUUGCUAACCCCCUAAGGUCGAUGUGCGCUCCCCCGCGAAAAAAGUAAUUAGCAUAAUAUAAAAAAGCCCCAUAAAAAUCUGUCCAUUUAAACUAGAGAUACCUGGAUUGGAUGUGUCUCAGUCCACUGCAUCCACCUAUGUCACACUUCCGCAUCUGCGAUGAAAGGUGGCAGAGCUAGAGCGGUGUGUGUCAGGGUUAGGGUUAGGGUUCCCGAAAAGACAUCCCGAAAAUUGGUCUUCUCACAAAAUCAUAUGUAGCGUCCGAAAAGGUUUGGCCUACAAAUUACUACGACCCCUAUAAGCAUUUUGGGACUCGUCUGAAGUCGGUACAGCCGAUCUGCCAACUUCUGUCUAUAGUGUCCGAACAGUUUGGGCUACACACUAAUAACUAACCCUAAAGCCUCCAUGGAAAGGUGAGACUCUCACGAACACAUACAUGUCGGUUGUUCUGCUCUAGGACGCCCACGGGCCUCACAAGACUCAUCUGAAGGUCCCCGGUACCAGUUGAAAAAAUGAAUGGAAGUACUGUAUAAAUGGAGACUGUUUAGUGCACAAAAUAAGGGGUUAAAAACAUGUACAAAAAUAAAUACAUCUUGAUCUCUGUUAUAUAUCUCAGAUAUAGGACAGACACUUCAGAACAAACUUCCUUUAGAUUAUUUUUUUGGGGACAAUCUGUUGUUCCAUGUAGCGAAUCUGUUAUUCAAUGUGUUUGUAUGGGCUAAUAGCAGUAAAGCAUUAUGUUUCUCUUUGAUACUUCAAGGGGUUUUAAAAUAAAAAAUAAAAUAGCAAAAUGAUCCUUGGUGUGACCUUAAAACAAAUUCAUAUAGCUUAGUAGAAUGUGAUUUUGACCAUGGAAACACAGCACCCCUCCACACCAACUACCAUGAUCUCUGUUAACUUCUGACAAUAACCCCUGGUUGUAGAGAGUCUUGUAAGGAGUCUGAGUUUGAGUCAAGAGAUGCCCCGUCUGAGUUUGAUAUGAUGUUGUCGGGGUUUGAAGAAUUCCCUAUCUCUUAUCAGUCGGUCCUAUCCCGUUUCUGUCCCUGUUCUGUCUGUUGUCGCUGUUGCAUUAGAACAUUGGGUUAGUUAGUCUGGUCAGAGACAUUAUAUUUACUACUGUUUGUAUGGGCUAAUAGCAGUACAGACUAUAGUAGAACAUAGGGUUAGUUAGUCUGGUCAGAGACAUUAGGGUUAAAGAAAGGCUCAUGUGGGAAAAUUAAGCAGAGAUCGUUGAUCAGGUGUGCCUCCGCCGGGUCGAUAGGAAUUAGAUGUACCGUCUUAGAUAGCAUGUCACACAGAGUACCGUCUUAGAUAGCAUGUUACACAGAGUACCGUCUUAGAUAGCAUGUUACACAGAGUACCGUCUUAGAUAGCAUGUUACACAGAGUACCGUCUUAGAUAGCAUGUUACACAGAGUACCGUCUUAGAUAGCAUGUCACACAGAGUACCGUCUUGGAUAGCAUGUUACACAGAGUACCGUCUUAGAUAGCAUGUUACACAGAGUACCGUCUUAGAUAGCAUGUCACACAGAGUACCAUCUUAGAUAGCAUGUCACACAGAGUACCGUCUUAGAUAGCAUGUCACACAGAGUACCGUCUUAGAUAGCAUGUCACACAGAGUACCGUCUUAGAUAGCAUGUCACACAGAGUACCGUCUUAGAUAGCAUGUCACACAGAGUACCGUCUUAGAUAGCAUGUCACACAGAGUACCGUCUUGGAUAGCAUGUUACACAGAGUACCGUCUUAGAUAGCAUGUCACACAGAGUACCGUCUUAGAUAGCAUGUCACACCAUACUACUAACCCUAACCCUGUCAUCAGCUGUUCAUACUACUGUACCAUACUACUAACCCUAACCCUGUCAUCAGCUGUUCAUACUACUGUACCAUACUACUAACCCUAACCCUGUCAUCAGCUGUUCAUACUACUGUACCAUACUACUAACCCUAACCCUGUCAUCAGCUGUUCAUACUACUGUACCAUACUACUAACCCUAACCCUGUCAUCAGCUGUUCAUACUACUGUACCAUACUACUAACCCUAACCCUGUCAUCAGCUGUCCAUACUACUGUACCAUACUACUAACCCUAACCCUGUCUACUCUAUACUACUGGCUCAUACAGAUGAUUUGUGAAGCAUGUUGUGGUUAUGAAGACUUUAUGUCUGCUAUAUAAAGCCUUUUUGAGAUCUAAUGAGAACCUCAGCAGUCCCUAUAAUAGCCUAGGUCACUGCUGAACUGUGUGUGUGUCUGUGUGUAGCCUGGCCCGCCAGUGGACAGUGGAGGAUGAAGAGGAAGUGGAAAGGGAGAGGAGGAGGAAGGGGAGGAGCUAUAGCAGCACUGACCCUGACAACGACCUUUCACCUGGAAACGACCUUUCUCCUCGACACACUCCCGGAAACCAACCCACCAAUGACAACGCUCCAAGCAUCACCAGGUCAGUGAUCAAACAUAAUGGCGCCGGAGGAGAUGGCUGCUGUUUUACGGGCUCCUAACCAAUUGUGCUAUUUUGUGUGUUUUUUCGCAUUAUUUUCUAACUGAUUUUGUACAUAAUGUUUCUGCCACUGUCUCUUAUGACUGAAAAGAGCUUCUGGAAAUCAGGACAGUGAUUACUCACCUCAUACUAAACAAAUAUUAUUUCUUUAACGAGUCGGACGUGAAGGAUUUACUUCAGACACCCGACAAGGCCCAAAUCCCCGUCAUUCACAUGAAGAAGAGACAGAGAUAUCGGGGACUUUGGUCGGGGUAUCUGUCUCUACCAUCAGUCCUAUUAGCCAACGUACAAUCAUUGGAUAAUAAAAUGGAUGAGCUCCGAUCAAGAAUAUCCUACCAACUCUACAUUAAAAACUGUAAUAUCUUAUGUUUUACCGAGUCGUGGCUGAACGACGACAUGCAUAACAUACAGCUAGUGGGGUUUUCGGUGCAUCGGCAAGAUAGAACAGCUGCCUCUGGUAAGACAAGGGGUGGUGGUCUGUGUAUAUUUGUAAAUAACAGCUGGUGCACGAAAUCUAAUAUUAUGGAAGUCUCAAGGUUUUGCUCGCCUGAGGUAGAGUAUCUUAUGAUAAGCUGUAGACCACACUAUUUACCAAGAUAGUUUUCAUCUAUAUUUUUCAUAGCUGUCUAUUUACCACCACAAACUGAUGCUGGCACUAAGACCACACUCAACGAGCUGAAUAAGGCCAUAAGCAAACAGGAGAAAACGGUAAUCCAGAGGCGGCUCUCCUAGUGGCCGGGGACUUUACUGCAGGGAAACUUAAAUCCGUUUUACCUAAUUUCUACCAGCAUGUUAAAUGUGCAACCAGUGGAAAAAAAACUCUAGCCCACCUUUACUCCACACACAGAGACGCGUACAAAGCUCUCCCUCACCCUCCAUUUGGCAAAUCUGACCAUAAUUCUAUCCUCUUGAUUCCUGCUUACAAGCAAAAACUAAAGCAGGAAGUACCAGUGACUCGGUCAACACAGAAGUGGUCAGAUGAUGCAGAUGCUAAGCUACAGGACUGUUUUGCUAGCACAGACUGGAAUAUGUUCCGGGAUUCUUGCGAUGGCAUUAAGGUGUACACCACAUCAGUCACUGGCUUCAUCAAUAAGUGCAUCGAUGACGUCAUUCCCACAGUGACCGUACGUAAAUACCCCAACCAGAAGUCAUGGAUUACAGGCAACAUCCGCACUGAGCUAAAGGGUAGAGCUGCCGCUUUCAAGGAACGGGACUCUAACCCGGACGCUUAUAAGAAAUCCCGCUAUGCCUUCCGACGAACCAUCAAACAGGCAAAGCGUCAAUACCGGACUAAGAUUGAAUCGUACUACACUGGCUCUGACGCUCGUCGGAUGUGGCAGGGCUUGAAAACUAUUACAGACUACAAAGGGAAGCACAGCCGCGAGCUGCCCAGUGACAUGAGCCUACCAGACGAGCUAAAUUACUUUUAUGCUCGCUUCGAGGCAAGCAACACUGAAGCAUGCAUGAGAGCACCAGCUGGAUUACCAGGACGUGUACUCCGAGCAUGCGCUGACCAACUGGCAAGUGUCUUCACUGAGUCUGUAAUACCAACAUUUUUCAAGCAGACCACCAUAGUCCCUGUGCCCAAGAACACUAAGGUAACCUGCCUAAAUGACUACCGACCCGUAGCACUCACGUCUGUAGUCAUGAAGUGCUUUGAAAUGCUGGUCAUGGGUCACAUCAACACCAUUAUCCCAGAAACCCUAGACCCACUCCAAUUUGCAUACCGCCCCAACAGAUCCACAGAUGAUGCAAUCUCUAUUGAACUCCACACUGCCCUUCCCAUCUGGACAACAGGAACACCUACGUGAGAAUGCUAUUCUUUGACUACAGCUCAGCGUUCAACACCAUUGUGCCCUCAAAGCUCAUCACUAAGCUAAGAACCCUGGGACUAAACACCUCCCUCUGCAACUGGAUCCUGGACUUCCUGACGGGCCGCCCCCAGGUGGUAAGGGUAGGUAACAACACAUCCGCCAGGCUGAACCUCAACACGGGGGCCCCUCAGGGGUGCGUGCUCAGUCCCCUCCUGUACUCCCCGUUCACCCACGACUGCAUGGCCAGGCAUGACUCCAACACCAUCAUUAAGUUUGCCGACGACACAACAGUGGUAGGCCUGAUCAGCGAUGAGACAGCCUAUAGGGAGGAGGUCAGAGACCUGGCCGUGUGGUGCCAGGAUAACAACCUCUCCCUCAACGUGAUCAAGACAAAGGAGAUGAUUGUGGACCACAGGAAAAGGAGGACCGAGCACACCCCCAUUCUCAUCGACGGGGCUGUAGUGGAGCAGUUUGAGAGCUUCAAGUUUCUUGGCGACCCGGACUAUUUGCAUUGUCCCCCCAACCCCUCUUUUUACGCUGCUGCUACUCUCUGUUUAUUAUCUAUGCAUUGUCACUUUAAUAACUCUACCUACAUGUACAUAUUACCUCAAUUACCUUGACUAACCUGUGCCCCCGCACAUUGAUUCGGUACCGGUACCCCCUGUAUAUAGCCUCCCUACUGUUAUUUUACUGCUGCUCUUUAAUUAUUAAUUAUUUUUCUAUUUUUCUUCUUUUUUUAUUUUUACUUAUCUAUUUUUUACUUAACACUUAUUUUUCUUAAAACUGCAUUGUUGGUUAAGGGCUUGUAAGUAAGCAUUUCACUGUAAGGUCUACACCUGUUGUAUUCGGCGCAUGUGACAAAUACAGUUUGAUUUGAUUUGAAACACCUGUUAUCACACGCUCACACAGACACACACUGACAGACACUUCAAAGUGAGUUUUUCUCUGUAGAGAGAAUUUAGAAAUUGGAGAACAGCAAUUCAUUAUGUGUGUGUGUGUUACAGUGCGGAGGAGAAACUCCAGCUGGACUUUGUGGAUAUGAUCCGUGUUCGAGACGAGAGGAGGAGGAACAGACACGUAGAGACUCUCAGACGACAGAAAGAAGAGGAGGAGGGGAGAGAGGGAGGAGAGGAGGGGAGAGAGGGAGGAGAGGAGGGGAGAGAGGGAGGAGAGGAGGGGAGAGUGGAGCUAUUGGGGGAUGUGGAGGAGGGGGGGAGACAAACACCUCCAAUAGACACCCCCAUCCAACCCUCACCCUCAACCCCACCCUCAUCCAUAUUUUCACCCAUAUCCUCAACUCCACCCAUAACCACCCCUACACCUACCAACCCCUUAGAAAGACAGGUGAGAGGGAAGGAGGGUUCUAACCCCUACUAUACAGGGUGUGUACCUAGUGUUAACUCUAACCCCUACCAUACAGGGUGUGUACCUAGUGUUAACUCUAACCCUACCAUACAGGGUGUGUACCUAGUGUUUAACUAUAACCCUACCAACAGGGGUGUGUACCUAGGUUAAACGCUAACCUACCAUACAGGGUGUGUACCUAGUGUUAACUCUAACCCCUACCAUACAGGGUGUGUACCUAGUGUUAACUAUAACCCUACCAUACAGGGUGUGUACCUAGUGUUAACUCUAACCCUACCAUACAGGGUGUGUACCUAGUGUUAACUCUAACCCCUACCAUACAGGGUGUGUACCUAGUGUUAACUCUAACCCUACCAUACAGGGUGUGUACCUAGUGUUAACUAUAACCCCUACCAUACAGGGUGUGUACCUAGUGUUAACUCUAACCCCUACCAUACAGGGUGUGUACCUAGUGUUAACUAUAACCCCUACCAUACAGGGUGUGUACCUAGUGUUAACUAUAACCCUACCAUACAGGGUGUGUACCUAGUGUUAACUAUAACCCUACCAUACAGGGUGUGUACCUAGUGUUAACUCUAACCUAACCCUACCAUACAGGGUGUGUACCUAGUGUUAACUAUACCUAUAACCCUACCAUACCGGGUGUGGCCUAGUGUUUUUACUAUACCCACCAUACAGGGUGUUUACCUAGUGUUUUAACUAUAACCCUACCAUACCGGGUGUGUAACCUAGUGUUAACUCUCACCCCUAACCAUCCGGUGUGGUACCUAGUGUUAACUCUAACCCCUACCUCCAGGUGUGUAACCGAGUGUUAACUAUAACUCUAACCCUACCAUACAGUGUGUUUACUAGUGUUACUCUAACCCCUACCCAUACAAAGGGGUGUACCUCGUGUUAACUCUAACCCCUACAUCGGGUGUGUACCUAGUGUUAACUCUAACCCCUACAUACGGGUGUGUACCUAUGUGUUAACUCUAACCCCUACCAUCCGGUGUGUACCAUAGUGUUUAACUCUAACACUAACCCCUACCCUACAGGGUGUUUACCUAGUGUUUAACUCUAACCUACCAUGCAGGGUGUGUACCUAGUGUUAACUCUAACCCCUACCAUAACAGGGUGUGUACCUAGUGUUAACUCUAACCCUACCAUAACAGGGUGUGUACCCGCUAUUGUUAACUCUAACCCUACCAUACAGUGGGUUACCCUAGUGUUAACUCUCAACCCCUAACCAUACAGGGGUGUACCAGUGUUAACUCUAGACCCUACCCAUACAGGGUGUGGACCUAGUGUGGUAAACUCUAACCCCUACCAUACAGGGUGUGUACCUAGUGUUACUAUAAACCCCUACCCUACAGGGUGUGUACCUAUUGUUACUCUAACCCCUACCAUACAGGGGGUGUACCUAUGUUAACUCAACCCCUACAUACAGGGUGUGGUACCUAGUGUUAACUAGAACCCUACCAUACAGGGUGUGUACCUAGUGUUAACUACUACAACCCUACCAUACAGUGGUGGUGUACCUAGUGUUAACUAUAACCCCUACCAUACAGGGUGUGUACCUAGUGUUAACUACUAACCCCUACCAUACAGGGUGGUGUACCUAGUGUUAACUCUAACCCCUAACCAUACAGGGUGUUUACCUAGUUUUAACUAUAACCCCUACCAUACAAGGUGUGUACUAUGUUAACUCUACCCCCUACCAUACAGGGUGUGUCCCUAGGUUAACUAUACCCCUACCAUACAGGGUGUGACCUAGUGUUUCACUCUACCCUACCAUACAGGGUGUUACGCAUAGUGGUUAACUCUACAACCCAACCAUACAGGGUGUGUACCUAGUGUUACCUAUAACUCUAACCCCCCCUACCAUACCGUGUUGUGUACUACCUAUGUUAACUCCUAACCCUACAUACAGGGUGUACCAUAGUGUUACUCUAACCCUACCAUACGGGUGUUGUACCUAGUGUUAACUUCUAACCCCUACCAUACCGGGUUGUAACCUGUGUUAACUCUAACCCUACCAUACAGGAGUGUGUACCUAUUUAAUCUAACUCUAACCCUACCAUACAGGGUGUGGUACCUAGUGUUUAACCAUAACCCCUACCAAUCCAGGUGUGUACCUAUUGUUAACCUCUAACCCCUACCAUACAGGUGUGUACCUAGUGUUAACUCUACCCCUACCAUCAUGGUGUUACCUAUUGUUUUAACUCUAACGCCCUACCAUACAGGGUGUGUACCUAUGUUAACUCUAACCCCCUACCAUACAGGGUGUUACCUAGUGUUACUCACCCCUACCAUCAGGUGUGUACAUAAGUGUUCACUAUACCUACCAACAGGGUUGUACUGUGGUUUUAACUCUAACCCCUACCAUACAGGGUGUGUACCUAGUGUUUUAACUCUAACCCCUAACCACCCCACCCAUACAGGGUGGGUACUAGUUUAACUCUAACCCCUACCAUCGGGUGUGUACCUAGUUUUAAUUCUAACCCCUACCAUACAGGUGUGUACCUAUUUUUAACUAUAACCCUAACCCUACAUACAGGGUGUGUACCUAGUGUUACCUCUAACCCCUCCAUACCGGGUGUGUACUAGUGUUUAACUAUACCACCCCUACCAUACAGGGUUUGUACCUAUGUUAACUAUAACUCUAACCUACAUCAGGGUGUGUACCUAGUGUUUAACUCUAACCCUACCAUACAGGGUGUGUUACCUAUGUUAACUAUAACUCUAACCCUAACCCAUACAGGUGUGUGGUACCUAGUGUUAACGUCUAACCCGACCAUACAGGGUUGUUCCGAGUGUUAACUAUAACUCUAAACCCUACCAUACGGGUGUGUACCUAGUGUUGAACUCUAACCCCUACCAUACAGGGUGUGUACCUAGUGUUUAACUUACCCCUACCAUACAGGGUGUGUACCUAGUGUUAACUCUAACCCUACCAUACAGGGUGUGUACCUAGUGUUAACUAUAACUCUAACCCCUACCAUACAGGGUGUGUACCUAGUGUUAACUCUAACCCCUACCAUACAGGGUGUGUACCUAGUGUUAACUAUAACCCUACCAUACAGGGUGUGUACCUAGUGUUAACUCUAACCCUACCAUACAGUGUGUGUACCUAGUGUUAACUCUAACCCCUACCGUACAGGGUGUGUACCUAGUGUUAACUAUAACUCUAACCCUACCAUACAGGGUGUGUACCUAGUGUUAACUCUACCCCUACCCAUACCAGGGUGUGGUACCUGAGUGUGUUAACUCUAACCCCUACCAUCAGGGUGUGGUACCUAGUGUUAACUCUAACCCCUACCAUACAGGGUGUGUACCUAGUUUAACUCUAACCCUACCAUACAGGGUGUGUACCUAGUGUUAACUAACCCUAACCCCUACCCUACCAUCCGGGUGUGGUACCUAGUGUUAACUCUAACCCUACCAUACAGGGUGUGUACCUAGUGUUAACUAACCCCUACCAUACAGGGUGUGUACCUAGUGUUAACUAUAACCCUACCAUACAGGGUGUGUACCUAGUGUUAACUAUAACCCUACCAUACAGGGUGUGUACCUAGUGUUAACUAUAACCCCUACCAUACAGGGUGUGUACCUAGUGUUAACUAUAACCCUACCAUACAGGGUGUGUACCCGCGUGUUAACUAUAACCCUACCUAACAGGGUGUGGACCUAGUGUUACGCCUAACGCCCUACCAUACAGUGUGUGUACCUAUGUUAACUCUAACCCCUACCAUACAGGGUGUGUUACAUAGUGUUAACUAUAACCCCUACAUACAGGGUUUGUUCCUAGUGUUAACUCUAACCCCUACCAUACAGUGUGUUUACUAGUGUUAACUCUAACCCUACAUACAGGGUGUGGUACCUAGUGUUCACUCUAACCCUACCAUAAGGGUUUGUACCUAGUUAACUCUAACCCCUACCAUACAGGGUGUGUACCUAGUGUUAACUCACCACUACCAUACAGGGUGUGUACCUAGUUGUUAACUUAACCCUACAUACAAGGUGUGUACCUAGUGUUAACUCUACCCCUACAUACAGGGUGUUAUCCUAGUGGCAUAUAAACACCCUACCAACAGGGUGUGUACCUAUGUUAACUCUACCCUACCAUACAUGGGUGUGUACCUAGUGUUACUCUAACCCUACCAUAACGGGUGGGUACCAGUGUUAAAACUAUAACCUAACCCCUCCUACAGGGUGUGUACCCUAGUGUUUAACUCUAACCCUACCAUACAGGGUGUGGUACCGAGUGUUACUUAUCUAACCCUACCUACAGGGUGUGUACUAGUGUUAACUCUAACCCCUACCCUACAGUUGUGUACCUAGUGUUAAAUCUAACCCCUACCAUACAGGGUUGUGACCUAGUGUUAACUCGUAAACCCUACAUACGGGUGUGUAACCUAGUGUUUAACUCGAACUUAACCCUACCAUACAGGUGUGUCCCUAGUGUUAACUCUCCCCUCCCAUAACAGGGUGUGUACCUAGGGUUAACUCUAACCCCCUACCAUACAGGGUGUGUAACCUAGUUUAACUCUAAAAACCCCUACCAUACAGGGUGUGUACCUAGUGUUAACUCCUCUACCCCUACCAUACCAGGGGGUUGUACCUAGUGUUAACUCUAACCCCUAACCAUACAGGGUGUGUACCUAGUUACUAUACCCUACCAUACAGGUGUUACCUAGUGUUAACUCUAAACCCUACCAUACAUGGUGUAACCUAUGUUAACCUCAACUCCCUACCAUACAGGGUGUGUACCUAUUGUUAACUCUAACCCACCAUACGUGUGGUGUACUAGUGUUUUUUUAUUCUAACCCCUAACGUACAGGGUGUGUACCUGGUGUUAACUAAUAACCCUAACCCACCAUACAGGGUGUGUAACCUAGUGUUAACUAUAACCCCUACCUACGGGUGUGUACCUAUGUUAACUAUAACGUCUAACCCUACCCGAUACAGGGUGUGACCUAGUUUUUAACUCUACCCUACCAUACAGGGUGUGUAACCUAGUGUUACUAUAAUCGACCCUAACCAUACAGGUGGUACAUAGUGUUAACUCUAACCCUACUCAUACAGUGUGGUACCUCGUGUUACCUAUAACUCUAACCACCAUACAGGGUGUGUACCUAGUGUUAACUCUAACCCCUACCAUAUACAGGGUGUGUACCUAGUGGUUAACUAUAACCUCUACCAUAACAGUGUUACGAGUGUUAAACUCUAUCUAACCCUACCAUACAGGGUGUUACCUAGUGUUACUAUAAACUCUAACCCCUACCAUACGGUGUGUUACCAGUGUUUAACUCUAAACCUACAUACAGGGUGUGUACCUAGUGUUACUCUAACCCUACCAUACAGGGUGGUGUACCCCGUGUUACAACUAUAACCCUACCAUACAGGGUGUUUACCUAGUGUUUAACUCUAACCCUACGCAUAACGGGUUUGUACCUAGUGUUAACUCUAACCCUAUACCAUACAUGGGUGUGUACCUAGUGUUAACUAUAACCCCACCAUCAGGGUUGUGACCUAGUGAUACUCUAACCCCCUACCAUACAGGGUGUGACCUAGUGUAACUCCGAACCCCUACCAUACGGGUGUGUACCUAGUGUUAACUUCUAACCCUAACCAUCAGGUUGUGUACCUAGUGGUUAACUAUAACCCCUACCAUACAGGGUGUGUACCUAGUGUUUACCUCUAACCCCUACAUACAAGGGUGUGUGUACCUAGUGUUUAACUAUAACUCUAACCCCUCCCAUAAUAACAGGUGUGUACCUAGUGUUAACUCUCACCCUACCAUACAGGGUUGGUGUCCUAGUGUAACUAUAACCCUAACCCCUCCAUACAGGGUGUGUACCGAUUGUUUCACUAUAACCCUACCCCUACCCAUACAGGGUGCGGUGGACCUAGUGUUUUACUCUAACCCCUACCAUACAGGGUGUGUACCUAGUGUUAACUCUAACCCUACCCAUACAGGUGUUUUAACUCUAGUGUUAAACUCUAACCCCUACCCUACAAUGGUGGUGGUAACCUAGUGUUAACCUAUACCCCUACAUAAGGGUGUGUACCUAGUGUUACUAUAAACCCCUACCUACAGGGUGUGUACCUAGUGUUAAAACUAUACUCUAACCCCUACCUUACAGGUGUGUAACUAUGUUAACUCUAACCCCCUACCAGACAGUGUGUGUACUGUGUUAACUCUAACCCCUACCAUACCAGGGUGUGUACCUAUUGUUAACUUACCCUACCUAACAGGGUGUGUCCUAGUGUUAACUCUAACCCCUCCAUACAGGGUGUUUACCUAGUGUUACUCUAACCCUACCUACAGUGUGUGUACCUAGUGUUAACUCUAACCUACCCUACAGUGUGUGUACCUUGUUAACUCUACAACCCUACCAUACAGGGUGUGUACCUAGUGUUUAACUAGACUCUAACCCCAACCCUACAGGGUUGUAACCUAGUGUUAACUCUAAACCCCUAACCUAUACAGGGUGUGUACCACUUGUUAACUAUAACUCUAACCCUACCAUACAGGUGUGUACCUAGUGUUAACUCUAACUCCCUACCAUACAGGGUGUGUACCUAGUGUAACUAUAACCCCAUACAUCAGGGUGUGUACCUAGUGUUAACUCUCCCUACCUACCAGGGUGUGUACCUGUGGUUACUCUAACCCCUCCAUACAGGGUGGUGUACCUAGUUUAACUAUAAACCUAAACAUAACAGGGUGUGUACCUAGUGUUAACUAUAACUCUAAACCCCUACCAUACGGGUGUGUACCUAGUGUUAACUCAAACCCUACCAUACGGGUGUGUAACUAGGUUACGAUACCCUACCAUACAGGGUGUGUACCUAGUGGGUUAACUCUAACUCUAACCCUACCACUACAGGGUUGGUACCUAGUGUUAACUCUAACCCCUACCAUACAGGGUGUGUACCUAGUGUUAACUCUAACCCCUACCAUACAGGGUGUGUACCUAGUGUUAACUAUAACCCCUACCAUACAGGGUGUGUACCUAGUGUUAACUCUAACCCUAACCAUACAGGGUGUGGUUACCUAGUGUUUAACUCUACCCCACCAUACAGGUGUGUACUAGUGUUACUCUAACCCUACACCCGACCAUCAGGGUGUGUAACCUAGUGUUAACUAUCACCCCACCAUACAGGUGGUGUACCUAGUGUUACUCGAACCCUACCCCUACCGUACAGGGUGUGUACCUACCUAUUGUUAACCCUUAUAACUCUAACCCGACCAUACAGGGUGUGUACCUAGUGUUACUAUAACGCUACCAUUACAAGGGUGUGUACCUAGUUUUACUAACUCUAACCCCGACCCUACAGGUGUGUACCUCGUGGUUCACUAUCACCACUACUAUACAUGGUGUGUACCUAGUGUUAACUCUAACCCCUACCAUACAGGGUGUGUACCUAGUGUUAACUAUAACUCUAACCCCUACCAUACAGGGUGUGUACCUAGUGUUAACUCUAACCCCUACCAUACAGGGUGUGUACCUAGUGUUAACUAUAACUCUAACCCCUACCAUACCCAGGUGUGUCCCUAUGUUAACCUAACCCCCCUACCAUAACAGGGUGUGUACCUAGUGUUAACUCUAACCCCUACCUACCAGGGUGUGUUACCUAGUGUUUUUAACUCUAACCCUACCAUACAGGUUUUGUCCUAGUGUUAAUAACCCCUACAUACAGGGUGUGUAGCCUAGUGUUAACUUUUUAUACUCUAAACCCCUAACCAUACGGGUGUGUACUAGUGUUACUCUACCCCCCCAUACAGUGUGGUAAACCUAUGUUUAAGCUCUAAACCCCUACCAUACAGGGUGGUACCUAGUGUUAACUCUCAACCGCCUACCAUACAGUGUGUGUACCUAGUGUUUAACUCUAACCCCUACCAUAAGGGUGUGUACCUAGUGUUAACUUAACUCUACCCCACCAUACAGGGUGUGUACCUAGUGUUUAACUCUAACCCCUACCAUACAGGUGUGUUACCGAGUUGUUAACUAUAACUCUAACCCCUACAUACAGGGUGUGUACCUAUUUAAUUCGAACCCCCUACCAUACAGGGUGUGUACUACUAGUGUUAACUAUACCCUACCAACAGGGUGUGUACCUAGGUUAACUCUCCCUACCAUACAGGUGUGUAACUAGUUUUACUAUAACUCUACCCUCCAUAAUACAGGGUGUGUACCUAGUGUUAACUCUAACCCCUACCAUCAGGGUGUGUACCUCGUGUUAACUAUAACCUACCAUACAGGGUGUGUACCUAUGUUACUAUAACUCUAACCCUACCCAUACAGGUGGUGUACCUAGUGUUAACUCGUAGCCCCCUACCAUACAGGGUGUGGACCUAUUUUAACUCUACACCCCCUACCCGUACAGGUUGUGUACCUAUGUUACUAGAACCCCUACCAUACGGGUGUGUACCUAUGUUAACUUAUCACCCCUACCAAUACGGGUGUGUUACCUAGUGUUACUCUAAACUACCAUACAGGGUGUGUACCUAGUGUUAACUCUAACCCCUACCAUACAGGGUGUGUACCACCUAGUUUAUCUCCUACCCUACCACCUACCAUAAGGGUGUGUACCUAGUGUUAACUCUAACCCCUACCAUACAGGGUGUUACCUAGUGUUACCUCUACCCUAACCCUACCACCGUACAGGGUGUGUACCUAGUGUUAACUAUAACUCUCACCCCUACCAAUAAAAAAACAGGGUGUUACCCUAUGUUAACUAGAACCUACCAUACAGGGUUGUGUACCUGUGUUAACUCUAAAAACCCUACCAUACAGGGUGUGUACCUGUGUUAGAACUCUAACCCUACCAUACAGGGUGUGUACCGAGUUGUUUUACUAUACCCCUACCAUACAGGUGGUGGACCUAGGGUUAACUAUAACCCUACCAUACGGGUGUUGUCCCUAGUUUAACUAUAACUCUACCCUACCAGACGUGUGUGUAUAGUGUUACUCUAACCCCUACCAUACAGGGUGUGUACUAUUGUUAACUCUAACCCUACCCGCCUACCAUACAGGGUGUGUACGCUCGUUUAACUAACCUCUAACCCCUACAUACAGGGUGUGGUACUAGUGUUAAUUCUAGCCCCCUACCAUACGGGUGUUUACCUAGGUGAACUAUAACCCCUACCAGACAGGGUGUGUACUAGUGUUCACUCUAACCCUACCAUCGCAGGUGUUUUACCUAGUUGUUAACUAUACUCUAACCUCACAUACAGGGUGUGUACCUAGUGGUUAACUCUAACCCCAUACCAAUACAGGGUGUGUACCUAGUGUUUAACUAUAACCCUAGCCAUACAGGGUGUGUACUCAGUGUUUAACUAUAAACUCUAACCACCAGACAGGGUGUGAACCUAGUGUUAACUCUACCCCUACCAUACGGUGUUACCUAGUGUUAACCGACCCCUACGUACAAGGUUGUCCUAGUGUUUAACUAUAACCCCCUACCAUACAGGGUGUGUACCUAGUGUUACAUCUAACCCCUCCAUACCAUACAGUGUGUGUACCUAGUGUUUACCUCUAACCCCUACCAUACAGGGUGGUGUACCGAGUGUUAACUCUAACCCUAACCCACCGUACGGUGUGUACUAGUGUUAACUAUAACUCUAGACACCCUACCAUACAGGGUGUGUACCUAGUUUACUUAACCCUACCAUACGGGUGUGUACCUGUGUUAACUCUAACCCCUACCAUACAGGGUGGUGUACCUGUGGUUAACUAUAACCCCUCCAUACAGGGGGUUACCUCUGGUUAACUCUAACCCCUACCAUACAGGGUUGUCCUAGUGUUAACUAUAACCCCUACAUACAGGGUGUUACCUAGUGUUAACUAUAACCCCCUACCAUACCGGUGUGUACCUAUGUUAACUAUAACCCCUACCAUACAGGGUGGGUUACCUAGUGUUACCUCUAACCCCUAAUACAGGGUGUGUAACGCAUGUUAACUCUAACCCUAACCCUCCAUACGGUUGUACCGUAGUGUUACUAUCACCCCGCCCAUACAAGGUUUGUACCUCAGUGUUCACUCUAUACCCCUAACCAUCGGGGUUGUACCUAUUUGUAACUUAACCCCUACCAUACAGGUGUGUACCUAGUGUUACUCUAACCCUACCAUACAGGGUGUGUACCUAGUGUUAACUCUAACACCCGACCCUCACAGGUGUGUACCUAGUGUUAACUAUAACCCCUACCUCAGGGUGUGUACCUAUUGUUAACUAUACCCUAACCUACCAUAAACAGGGUUUGUACCUAUUUAACUAUAACCCCUACCAUACAGGUUUGUACCUAGUGUUACUAUACCCCUACCAUACAGGGUGUGUACCCCUAGUGUGUAACUAUGACUCUACCCUACCAUACAUAGGUGUGACCUAGUGUUCACUAUAACCCUACCCAUACAGGUUUGUUACCUAGUGUUACUAUACCCUAACCCCUACCAUACCGGGUGGGUAACCUAGUGUUAACUCUACCCCAACCCUACAGGUGUUACCAGUGGUUAUCUCUAACCCUACCAUACAGGGUGGUGUACCUAAUGUUAACUUCUAACCCUACCAUACAGGGUUGUACCGAGUGUAACUAUAACCCUACCCCUACCAUACAGGGUGUGUACCCUAGUGUUAACUAUAACCCCUACCAUACAGGUGUGUCCUAGUGUUAACUAUAACCCCUACCAUACAGGGUGUGUACUAGUGUGAACUAUACCUACCAUACAGGGUGUGGUACCUAGUGUUUAACUAUAACCCUACCAUACAAGGGUGUGGUAUCCUAGUGUUAACUAUAACCCUACCAUACGGUGGUGUACCUAGUGUUAACUCUAACCCUACCAUACAUGUGUGUACCUAGUGUUACUCAUAACCCCUCCAUACAGGGUGUGGUACCCUAGUGUUAACUCUAACCCCUACCUCAGGGGGGGUUUUGGGUGGGGGGUGUUGUACCUAGUGUUACUAUAACCCCCUGACCCACAGGGUGUGUACCUAGUGUUACUAUACCCCUACCAUACGGGUGUGUACCUAGUGUUACCUCUAACCCCUACCUACAGGGUGUUGUACCUAGUGUUAGGCUCCUAACCCUAAACCAUACAGGGUGGUGUACCUAUGUUAACUAUAACCCUACCAUACAGGGUGUGUACCUAGUGUUAACUCUAAACCCCUACCUAUACAGGGGUGUGUACCUAGUGUUAACUAGAACCCUCCAUACAGGGUGUGUAGCCUAUGUUAACUCUAACCCCUACCAUACGGGUGUGUACCUAGUGUUAAACUCCUAACCCCUACCAUACAGGGUUUGGUACCUAGUGUAACUAUAAAACCCUACCAUACAGGGUGUGUACCUAGUGUUAACUAUAACCCUAACCAUACAGGUGUGUACCUAGUGUUAACGAUAACCCACUACCAUACAGGGUUUUGCGUAGUGUUAACUCUAAACCCUCACCAUACGUGUGUGGGUACCUAGUGGUUACUCUCAACCCCCUAACCCUACAAGGUGUUUUUUGGCGUAGUGUUAACUCUAACCCCAUACCAUACCGGUUUUUGCGUAGGUGUUAACUAUAAAACCCUACCUACGGGUGUGUACCUGUGUUAACUAUAACCUACCAUACAGGGUGUGUACCCUAGUGUUAACUCAACCCCUACCAUAACAGGUGGUGUACCUAGUGUGAACUCUAACCCAUACCAUACAGGGUUGUACUAGUGUGAACUAUACCCUACCAUACCGGGUGUGUAACCGAUUGUUAACUUAACCUAACCAUUAACCGGGUGUGUACUAGUGUUACUAUAACCCCUCCAAUACAGGGUGUUUGCGUAGUGGUUAACUCUAAACCCCUACCAUACAGGGUGUGUACCUAGUGUUAACUCUACCCCUACAACUCUAACCCAUACCAUACGUGUUUUUUGCGUAGUGUUAAACUCUAACCCCCUACCAUACGGGUUUUUGCGUAGUGUUAACUAUAACCCUAACCAUACAUGGUGUGUACUGUGUAACUUACAAACCCUACAUACAGGGUGUGGACCUAGUGUUCUCUAACCCCUACAACGGGUGUGUAACUGUGUUAACUCUAUAACCUCCUACCUACAGGGUUUUUCUGCGUAGUGUUAACUAUAAAACCUAAGCCUCCUACCAUUUGUUAAUAAUCUACUCCACUAACAGAUGGGACCUUUCUCCCUACCCCCUGGGGAACACUAUCAGCCUCGCACACACCUACAGACUGAUCCAUAUACGCACACACACACGCACACACACACGCACACACACACACACACACACACACACCACACACACACACACACACACACACACACACACCGUCAGAGGUCGAGAGUUUAGACAUGUAGAAACAUUGAGAGGGUCUCCGGUGUGCCAGACUAACGUGGGUGUCGGUUUUGAUUUGAUACGAUCCUGUUGGUGUGAACUCAUCAUCCUCUGUUCCUUAACCUCACCCUAACCCUCUGUUCAGCAAUAUGAACUCAACCUCAAAGAGCUUUCUUUUGUUUGUUUGCUUAUAUGCCGUUGAUAAGGCUGUUUCUGUGGCGGUGUGAAUCACAGUUAUCUGUAGAGACUACUCCGUGGAGUCAUCUUUUUGAAGUUUCUGGCUCUCACAGACCUGUAACUUCUUCUUUAAGAGGAUCCUCUGUCCUCCACUCGUUACCUGUAUUAAUGGCACCUGUUUGAACUUGUUAUCAGUAUAAAAGACACCUGUCCACAACCUCAAACAGUCACACUCCAAACUCCACUAUGGCCAAGACCAAAGAGCUGUCAAAGGACACCAGAGACAAAAUUGUAGACCUGCACCAGGCUGGGAAGACUGAAUCUGCAAUAGGUAAGCAGCUUGGUUUGAAGAAAUCAACUGUGGGAGCAAUUAUUAGGAAAUGGAAGACAUACAAGACCACUGAUAAUCUCCCUCGAUCUGGGGCUCCACGCAAGAUCUCACCCCGUGGGGUCAAAAUGAUCACAAGAACGGUGAGCAAAAAUCCCAGAACCACACGGGGGGACCUAGUGAAUGACCUGCAGAGAGCUGGGACCAAUGUAACAAAGCCUACCAUCAGUAACACACUACGCCGCCAGGGACUCAAAUCCUGCAGUGCCAGACGUGUCCCCCUGCUUAAGCCAGUACAUGUCCAGGCCCGUCUGAAGUUUGCUAGAGUGCAUUUGGAUGAUCCAGAAGAGGAUUGGGAGAAUGUCAUAUGGUCAAAUGAAACCAAAAUAGAACUUUUUGGUAAAAACUCAACUCGUCGUGUUUGGAGGACAAAGAACGCUGAGUUGCAUCCAAAGAACACCAUACCUACUGUGAAGGAUGGGGGUGGAAACAUCAUGCUUUGGGGCUGUUUUUCUGCAAAGGGACCAGGACGACUGAUCCGUGUAAAGGAAAGAAUGAAUGGGGCCAUGUAUCGUGAGAUUUUUAGUGAAAACCUCCUUCCAUCAGCAAGGGCAUUGAAGAUGAAACGUGGCUGGGUCUUUCAGCAUGACAAUGAUCCCAAACACACCGCCCGGGCAACGAAGGAGUGGCUUCGUAAGAAGCAUUUCAAGGUCCUGGAGUGGCCUAGCCAGUCUCCAGAUCUCAACCCCAUAGAAAAUCUUUGGAGGGAGUUGAAAGUCUGUGUUGCCCAGCGACAGCCCCAAAACAUCACUGCUCUAGAGGAGAUCUGCAUGGAGGAAUGGGCCAAAAUACCAGCAACAGUGUGUGAAAACCUUGUGAAGACUUACAGAAAACAUUUGACCUGUGUCAUUGCCAACAAAUGGUAUAUAACAAAGUAUUGAGAAACUUUUGUUAUUGACCAAAUACUUAUUUUCCACCAUAAUUUGCAAAUAAAUUCAUUCAAAAUCCUACAAUGUGAUUUUCUGGAGAAUUUUUUUUCUCAUUUUGUCUGUCAUAGUUGACGUGUACCUAUGAUGAAAAUUACAGGCCUCUCUCAUCUUUUUAAGUGGGAGAACUUGCACAAUUGGUGGCUGACUAAAUACUUUUUUUCCCCACUGUAUGUCAAGUUCUAUGUGAGCUUGUUUUUUAAAUGGUUGAAUUAAUAAACUAAACUAAUCUAGUUAUUCAUGAAAAAACAGGCCCUACCCGGCCCUAACUCGAUGUAUAAUGUCGGGGCCCGUUGGGUUCUGGUCGGGUAGCACCCACUCCAACUGUGAUCCUUGCUACAUCAUGGCUGUUGUGUUUGAUGAUCAAUUAUCUUUUUGUUUUCUCCAACUUUGUCUCUCUCUCUCUCUCCUCUCAAUCUCUCUCUGUGUGUCUGUCUCUCUGUCAGUGCCAGCGUCCGGAUGGCCUCCAAGACAUUUGAACCCAGUAGCUCGGUAAGUUAGAGUUAGGGUCAGGGGUUAGGGGUUUAUGAUAUUAAAGAUAUAAAAUAUAUUCUUUUUCAAUCGCUUUGGUGCUAUUUUGACAUGUAUGUGGUUAAUUUUUUUAACUCUUAGUACAAAACGCCAAACCGGUAACACUUGAAACAUCUCAUAUUGUACAUUCAUUUUGUUUGAAGACAUAUUUCACCACACAACCAUUGAUCCAAAAUAUAAGUUUACUGUGAAAUACCAUGAGAACAUUGAUUUAAUCACCAAAACAAAACAUAAUGAUGUCUUCUCAAUUUAGUUAUUUUAACAACUAGUUAAUCCAAUAGCAAAAAUAUCCUACAUUUUGAUGUUUCAAAAUUGCCAUUUGAAUGUAAUAUGCUACAGUACUAUAAAUUACAGUAUAUUACACUGUUUUCACAUUAGGGUUAGGGUUAGGGUUAGGGUUACUCAUUAAAAUGGACUCAACAUAUAAAAAGUAUACUCGGCCAUAACAGACUUGACAUAUGGGCAAAUAAAACGCAUAUUUGGAAUUGUAUCAACUCGCCAACCAAGGCUUUUACUUGCAACAUAAUGUUAAUGCACUAAAAAGGAACAAUGGGUACAUAUUGAAGAGGCGAAUGCUCAUCCCCUGAAUAUAUUUUCAAAGGAUAAAGUUAAGAACGUUAACAGCAUCAUUGUUAAGAAAACUAUAAAAAUAUGGAAGAAAAUGAAACGUAUUCUACAAGAACUGAAAACACACCCCUAUGGAACAAUCCUUGGAUAGCUUUUCAGAAUUCCCUGAUAGAUUGGUCCUCAUGGAACACUAAAGGUAUAGAAACCGUUAAUGACUUGGUAACAGGAAAUAUAAUUAUUUCCAUGACAGAAUUAAAAAGCAAUUUUGGACAGACCAAUGUAGACAUUUUCAAAUAUAUGCAACUUAUACGUUUUAUAUCACGAAAUUUCGACCUGAAAUCUUUUGGACAUCAGAGCAAUGUUGAGGGAAUCCUAUUUGACUCAGAAAAAUACACUCAUAUGAUAGGGAAGAUAUACAACAUCUUGCAGAGACAGAGAGCCGAUCCAACUGUCAAUCAAUUAGUGUCACGCCCUGGCUCUGGGGACUCUAAUAUGUUGAGCCAGGGUGUGUAUAGUCUAUGUGUGUUCUAGGUUUCACUUUCUGGUUUUGUAGAUCUAUGUUGGCCAGGGUGGCUCCCAAUCAGAGACGGCUGUAGCUCGUUGUCUCUGAUUGGGAGUCAUACUUAGGUAGCCGUUUGGCACUCAUUCAUUGUGGUUUCUUGUUCGUAUUUGGUUUGUGUUUACCAUUGACUGUCACGUCAUCGUUUUGUUGUUUUGAUCGUGUGAUCAUUAAUAUAAUAAAUAUGUUCGCCUUCAACGCUGCGCCUUGGUCCUCCUCUCUCACCGACGAUCGCGACAGAAGAAACCACCAAGAUUUGACCAAGCAGCGUGUCCAGGAGCCAUCACCAGGGAGAUCCCUAGCAGAUCUCCUUCGCCUCCUCGACUGGGUCAAGCCGAGUGAGGAAGAGAAGGGCUUAAUAAUAAUAAUAAUAAUAUGCCAUUUAGCAGACGCUUUUAUCCAAAGCGACUUACAGUCAUGCGUGCAUACAUUUUUGUGUAUGGGUGGUCCCGGGGAUCGAACCCACUACCUUGGCGUUACAAGCGCCGUGCUCUACCAGUUGAGCUACAGAGGAUCAGGCUUGACAUUGUGGCAGAAGGGCGAAAGGCUGGCGAGGGACAUGGAGACCUGGUCCACGGGUAGGAGAGACGCCCAGACAUUUUUUUAGGGGGGGGGCUAACGCCGUGGACGACGGGCCAGCAGGAGACCGCGGCAGAGCGGCCCAGCGGAUUGGCAGAGGAGGCCGCCAGGUUACGGGGGCCACUGGUCGAAGAGGGGGUGGAAGGUGUAGAGGCACGGCGAGAGGUACUGGGGUGUGUUACCAGUCCGGUCCGGCCCAUUCCAGAUCCCUGCGUAGGACCAGUGGUGUGUGUCCCCAGUACGGUCCGGCCUGUUCCUGCUCCCCGCACCAAGUCAGUGGUGCGCUUCGUCAGCCCGGCUCGGCCCGUUCCUGCUCCCCGCACCAAGUCAGUGGUGCGCUUCGUCAGCCCGGCUCGGCCCGUUCCUGCUCCCCGCACCAAGUCAGUGGUGCGCUUCGUCAGCCCGGCUCGGCCCGUUCCUGCUCCCCGCACCAAGUCAGUGGUGCGCUUCGUCAGCCCGGCUCGGCCCGUUCCUGCUCCCCGCCCCAAGUCAGUGGUGCGCUUCGUCAGCCCGGCUCGGCCCGUUCCUGCUCCCCGCACCAAGUCAGUGGUGCGCUUCGUCAGCCCGGCUCGGCCCGUUCCUGCUCUCCGCACCAAGUCAGUGGUGCGCUUCGACAGCCCGGCUCGGCCCGCUCCUGCUCCCCACACCAAGCCAGUGGUGUGCGUCGUCAGUCCGGCACGGCCCGUGCCUGUUCCACCGGUGGCUGGUCCGGCACCGGUCAGAUGCUUCAUGCCGGAGCUAGAGCAAUCCGCUCCACCAGUGUGCAGUCCAGCUCCGGCCAGCGGGGCCAGACCGGACCAGGGGUACUUUGGGGGGUUGGAGAGGGAGCGGGGAUCAGGCCCGGAGCCGGAUCCGCCGCCUAAGCGGAGUGCCCACCCGGUCCCUCCCCUGUGGUGUUUGGUGGGCGCGGUCGGAGUCCGCGCCUUUAGGGGGGGGUACUGUCACGCCCUGGCUCUGGGGACUCUAAUAUGUUGAGCCAGGGUGUGUAUAGUCUAUGUGUGUUCUAGGUUUCACUUUCUGGUUUUGUAGAUCUAUGUUGGCCAGGGUGGCUCCCAAUCAGAGACGGCUGUAGCUCGUUGUCUCUGAUUGGGAGUCAUACUUAGGUAGCCGUUUGGCACUCAUUCAUUGUGGUUUCUUGUUCGUAUUUGGUUUGUGUUUACCAUUGACUGUCACGUCAUCGUUUUGUUGUUUUGAUCGUGUGAUCAUUAAUAUAAUAAAUAUGUUCGCCUUCAACGCUGCGCCUUGGUCCUCCUCUCUCACCGACGAUCGCGACAGAAGAAACCACCAAGAUUUGACCAAGCAGCGUGUCCAGGAGCCAUCACCAGGGAGAUCCCUAGCAGAUCUCCUUCGCCUCCUCGACUGGGUCAAGCCGAGUGAGGAAGAGAAGGGCUUAAUAAUAAUAAUAAUAAUAUGCCAUUUAGCAGACGCUUUUAUCCAAAGCGACUUACAGUCAUGCGUGCAUACAUUUUUGUGUAUGGGUGGUCCCGGGGAUCGAACCCACUACCUUGGCGUUACAAGCGCCGUGCUCUACCAGUUGAGCUACAGAGGAUCAGGCUUGACAUUGUGGCAGAAGGGCGAAAGGCUGGCGAGGGACAUGGAGACCUGGUCCACGGGUAGGAGAGACGCCCAGAAAUUUUUUAGGGGGGGGGCUAACGCCGUGGACGACGGGCCAGCAGGAGACCGCGGCAGAGCGGCCCAGCGGAUUGGCAGAGGAGGCCGCCAGGUUACGGGGGCCACUGGUCGAAGAGGGGGUGGAAGGUGUAGAGGCACGGCGAGAGGUACUGGGGUGUGUUACCAGUCCGGUCCGGCCCAUUCCAGAUCCCUGCGUAGGACCAGUGGUGUGUGUCCCCAGUACGGUCCGGCCUGUUCCUGCUCCCCGCACCAAGUCAGUGGUGCGCUUCGUCAGCCCGGCUCGGCCCGUUCCUGCUCCCCGCACCAAGUCAGUGGUGCGCUUCGUCAGCCCGGCUCGGCCCGUUCCUGCUCCCCGCACCAAGUCAGUGGUGCGCUUCGUCAGCCCGGCUCGGCCCGUUCCUGCUCCCCGCACCAAGUCAGUGGUGCGCUUCGUCAGCCCGGCUCGGCCCGUUCCUGCUCCCCGCCCCAAGUCAGUGGUGCGCUUCGUCAGCCCGGCUCGGCCCGUUCCUGCUCCCCGCACCAAGUCAGUGGUGCGCUUCGUCAGCCCGGCUCGGCCCGUUCCUGCUCUCCGCACCAAGUCAGUGGUGCGCUUCGACAGCCCGGCUCGGCCCGCUCCUGCUCCCCACACCAAGCCAGUGGUGUGCGUCGUCAGUCCGGCACGGCCCGUGCCUGUUCCACCGGUGGCUGGUCCGGCACCGGUCAGAUGCUUCAUGCCGGAGCUAGAGCAAUCCGCUCCACCAGUGUGCAGUCCAGCUCUGGCCAGCGGGGCCAGACCGGACCAGGGGUACUUUGGGGGGUUGGAGAGGGAGCGGGGAUCAGGCCCGGAGCCGGAUCCGCCGCCUAAGCGGAGUGCCCACCCGGUCCCUCCCCUGUGGUGUUUGGUGGGCGCGGUCGGAGUCCGCGCCUUUAGGGGGGGGUACUGUCACGCCCUGGCUCUGGGGACUCUAAUAUGUUGGGCCAGGGUGUGUAUAGUCUAUGUGUGUUCUAGGUUUCACUUUCUGGUUUUGUAGAUCUAUGUUGGCCAGGGUGGCUCCCAAUCAGAGACGGCUGUAGCUCGUUGUCUCUGAUUGGGAGUCAUACUUAGGUAGCCGUUUGGCACUCAUUCAUUGUGGUUUCUUGUUCGUAUUUGGUUUGUGUUUACCAUUGACUGUCACGUCAUCGUUUUGUUGUUUUGAUCGUGUGAUCAUUAAUAUAAUAAAUAUGUUCGCCUUCAACGCUGCGCCUUGGUCCUCCUCUCUCACCGACGAUCGUGACAAUUAGAAACAAAUAUAAACUACUGGAAUCAAGACUAAAAAUAACUGAUGUUGGCACAAGAUGGAGGGAGUGUUGUAACAGAACUAACAAAAUUACAGUUAACGAAAAUGUACGCUUGAUCCAGUAUAAACUAACAAAAUUCCCAAAUUCUACAGCACAACGUCAGAGUCAUGUCUUCAGUGUAAAAAUAACAAGGACUCAAUAGUUAAUGUCUUCUCGGAGUGCUAUAAAGUCCAAAAGUUAGACGUUUUACAAUGUACAUUUACUUUUAAUCUGUCUAUCUGCAUAUUUCAAGACAUGGCAUAUGAGGGGGCGGUGAGAUACCCAAUGGGGUGGACUAGGGCUGUUACAGUGACCGUAUUACCAAGUCAUGAUGGCAGUCAAAUUCCAUGUGACCUUUUAGUCACGGUAAUUAGGCUUGGUCAUUAGUAGCCUACCAAACUAGCUAACUGCCUGGUACUCAGCACUCUAUUGUUCCACUAAUCACUCUGACAUCAAUGCAAAUGUAAUCUAAAAUCUAAUCAAAUACUUAAUGAGAGUCCAUAAACUCAUGUUGCGCAACAUUUCUAUAGGAUAUGCAAUUGUGUGAGAAAACAGAGUGAUGGCCUCUAUUAAAAAGAGGAGGAUCCCAUCAGCUUUCUAUAGGCUAGGCCUACUAUAUUUAUUUCUCAACUUUCCUAAUAUUAAGCACAUUGCUUCUCUUUACAACAGGAGUAUAGCCUACCUGGCUGGCAUGAAAAUGAACCACAGGAAAAGUGUCCUCCAUUCGCUAUUUAUAUGCAUAGAUGACAUGUAUUUUUUCCCCCUGCCCCUGUUUCAAGACAAGAUUAAAUAAAGAAUACUGUGAUGGGGGGGGGGGGGGGUGACAAUAUUAGCCUAUCACUUGUGAAUGAUGCCCAGCUUAAGGCAAACAGCACAUGCUUUUUUGGCAACUUUUUCGAAUCAUAGUCACACACUUCAUGUAGCCUAGCCCAUAGGCCUAUAUGUUCUGAUAAGGUUUGUAUCACAACUAUAGUAGCCAAAUAUUUUAUUAAAAUCAACCACAUUAAUCCGCUUUACAACGGGUGUAGAGCCUAACUUGCAUACAUACGCAGCGAGUGAGUUUCAAGUUUGGGAAGAUCAUUUUCACCAUAAAAACUGCACCUUUAUAAUAAAAGCAUUACAUGCAUAAUCACAUUUGUGGUCACUUUUGAGAAUGCUGUUUUCCUGCUAAUGGAACAUUCAUGCUUAUAGCCUACUGCCGUGUGCGCAUUGCUGUGCUUAUAAUGUGAAGAAAUAGCCUAAUAGUUUAUCAACAUUUUAAGCAAAACGUUCUCAUCUGUUGCGUCAGGCUCAUUGCUUAAAGUUUUUUUGAUGCUAGUGGUUGUAUUAAUUUGGGAUCUAUCGCAUCCAACAACUGUCCCAGACUAUGUUUGGAAUAUUGAUUUCUCGCACAGAAUAGGUCAACUUUUGUACUAUGGGGGAAAGUAGAUUGACAGGCUAGUGCUUUUGCUGUUCGUUAGGCCUACUCAUCUUGUUGGCUGAUGAAAAGUAAAUGUGGACAGUUCUUCCAAUAUCUUCAAUAUGCACCUUGGAAUUGGAUAAGGACACGUGAAGUUGCGUCCCCGAAGUGUCUUUCUUCACUUGUAGCCUGUGAGAAAGACCCGAUGAUGGAGAGCCAUGUGAUGAGAGGUGCUUCGGAGCGCGCAGCACUCAGGGAGAAGGGCACAACGCAGCACUCCGGGCCAAGGGCACAACAGCCAUUGGCCGCAAAAGUCAUGGAUGUUUUUAGGGGGAUUAUGGCCACACAAAGGGGAUGCCGCCGGGAAAUUCGAGGCAAAUUGUGAAUGAGAGACUGAUGAAGUGUGUGCAGCCUGCGCAAUAUACAAAGCAGAGCUCAUGCCUUUCAUGAAACGUUUUUCAAAUCAUCAUUAGAGUCGCAUCAUGCAGCCAUAGAAUGUAUAAAAAACAAAACAUAUAGCCCAACAUUUGUAUCACAACUAAAGUUACAUUAAUAACUCUAAAUUAAGCAUAUAGGAGGACCUGUUUCUUUGUUAACUGCUCAACACAGAAUAGCCGCAUCUGCGCUGUCUGUGGUUGGAAACGGUCCAACUAUGUCUACCCCCAGUCUCUCCAUGGGCUCCCCUACUGGGAAUUGUUGUAGGAGGGCGUGUGACUGACCUGGAGGUCCUUUCUUAGCAGCACACUCGUCGCACUGCCUGCAAAAGUCCUCCACAUCCCUCCUGUGCCUGGCCCAAUAGAAGCCUUUACGUACGCGCUUUAACGUUUUGGAGAACCCAAAAUGCCCUGCGCCUACUCCCCCGUGAAGCUGCUGUAACACGCUCCCUUGCAGCCUUUUGGGAACCACUACCUGCCAUGUAAUUUCUCCAGUAGCUGGCUUUUUCCACUCCCUCUGGAGCACUCCCUCAGCCACUCUAAGGACUGAGAAUUUAGCCCACAGUCCUUUGGUGACUGGUGAUAGAGGGGCUACUUCCCCCCACGGCGGUCGUCUUCUCUCUUCCACCCACCCCAGCACAGGACGCAGCUCUGCGUCCUCCUCCUGGCGACGCCUUCCACUCCCCGACGUCCACAGCCUCAAGCUCCUGGCACUCUGUCACCCUCAGCUGACUCACCGUGGCGGUGACUCCCUCCUCCAUGCACAGUUCCCUCUCUCGCUCCACCCGUUUGGCGCAGUACCCACAGCCGUCCUCAGCACACGGGCGGCGGGACAAGGCGUCUGCAUUGCUGUGGCGAAGGCCAGCCCUGUGCUCCACCUGGAAGUCGUAGGGUUGCAGCUCCUCCAACCAGCGGGGCUGCCUGUGCUUGCACCAUUAUGGGGAGUGAAGGUCGUUGCCGCCGGAGACAGCUGCUGGGAUGGCACAACGACCAAGGGAGCAGCCGGGACGACCAGUGGAGUUUCGGCAAGCUUGGAGGAAGACGGAGUGACAGCCCUGCCCCCUGCUGGCCCUCCCGAAGGCGACAUUCCCACUGUGGGCCCCCCCGACAGCCUCAAAGUGCCCGAAGCUAAGUCCAACUGAGCCCCACAGUUUUUCAAAAAGUCCAUUCCCAGUAUACAGGGGUCCUGUACCGCUGCUACCCACUCCGGACACCCCACAGUUCUCCCCCCCACAGUCACAGACAACCGACACUUCCCUAACAUGGGGGCUAGCUCCCCCGUGACAGUCCGUAGCUGGACAAGGGUCGGCUCCACCCGCACCCCAACAGGUAGUAUGUCUGGUCUCACCAGGGUUACUGUAGAGCCCGUGUCGACCAGGGCCAAACAUUCCACCCCCUCUACCUUGAUGAUGACAUUGCAGAAGUCCCCAAUGGUGGUACGUCCCACCACAACUACCGGACUAGGAAACACGGUGGCAGCUACACCCUGGGGAAGCAGGUCCCCACCCUCUUGCCUGCGCUGCUGGGUACCUCUUCUGCUUACUGUGGGUUCGGGGUGGGGGGGUGGACCUGCGCUGCCCCCUGCACGAGAACCCGCUGUCAUUUCCCUGGUGACGGGAGAAUCUGCCACACUCCCGCUGAAUGUGGCCAGGCUGGCCACAACCCCAGCAGACAAUGGGAGUUGAGCUGACACUGCAAUGUUGUCUGGAGCCCCUCUCAAUGACAAGCGAAGCGGUCUUGACUAACCCGCCCAACUCGUCGACCCACUCUGGUUUGGUGAUCCCCGGCACCCCGGCCGCCGCUGCUCUCACCUCUGGUUGACUGGCAACCUCCACUCUCACUCCCUCACCCCAGAUCAGCUCCCUCUUCCUGGCUAUCUCCACUGCAGCCCGCAGAGAUGCUGGGUCCGACAUCUGAACAUGCUUACCCAGUUCGGUGGGGGAGAGCACUCUAAUAAAACUGUCCCGUGCCAGCUCGUCUUGCACCCCAAUCGGCAUAGUUGCAUAAGCCCGCCUGGUCAGGCUCAGAACACCACUUGCCAACGCCUUUAAUGAUUCCCCCUGAAGUCUAUUUUUGUUACUCAGUUCAAUCCGCAGCAUGUUGGGCUGUGCAUCGCUGCCGAAACGGCCCCCCAAUGCCUCCACUAGCGCACCGUAGUCGCCCCUCUCGUCCGGGGCUAGCGUUAGCAGGCAUUCCGACGCUUCCUCUGCCAGGCUCAGGGCAAGCUGUAACCCUUUCGUCUCGUCAGACCACCUCCCGGCUCUAGCCAACAACUCGAAUUGAGUGAAAAAAACGUCCCAUUUACCUUGUCCAUUGAACUUUGGAAGUUUAGCCGCUACCGUGGCUAAUGGCAAUAGGGCGCUGCCAUCUCUGGUUACAUAAGGAGGCCCAGCCAUUUCCGCACGCGGUGACGUCGAUAUCUCCGUCGCUGUGACGUCUGUUCUGGUCGAGCGGUAUGAAGGAAAACCCGCCCGUUCUGCCAUCUUGCUGACUGACAAUUUAACUUCCGCCAUGUGGCUCUCCAGCUCUUCUACAGCCGUCGUCGCCUGACCCUCCCGACCGGGUACACCCGAGCCCACAACAGACACUUCGUCCGACUCUUCCUUAAUUUUCCGCCUCGCCCCGAUCAUCAUGACCGUAGAUGCGAGUCACGCUAAAGCUAACCACGGCCUAUACUGAAACAGCUAACUCGCCUAAUCUCGAUCUAUCCCGUUGUUCGAAAGCACUUCUGACACCAAUGUAAUGACCCAGCUGGGUCAAAAAGUAAAAGAGAGACGGGCACCAGGUGUACAGGCAGAACACAGGUUUAUUCCUGAAUGGGCUAUUGUUCAGGCCACAGCCCACGUCGCUAAACCUCGAACGUACACAAAUAUAACAUGUCAAGUUAAGGGUCCCGAACAGAAGAGAGAGAGAUGAGACCGUAACCCCUAUUUAAGCAUUCCAAAACCCCGCAGGAUUACCCAUCACACCCCCCCAACCUUUCCAUCUGUCCAUAUUUAACCCCUGCUAGCACCCAUGAGAACGAUAACACACCCACGAACACAGAACACAAUACCGGGUCGUUACAAUACUAUAAAAUAAUAUAAAAUAAUGCCACGGAAUUCUAAGCAAAUCUUGUCUGCUAAAUGAACUAGUGUAGCCCACAGCCACAUGGCAUAGCCAGAUCAGGACCUAACAUAAGGACAACUCAGAAUAUGUUAUUCUGUUCUUCUGAAAUAGACUACAUUUUCUUCAUAUCAUCUUUCAUUAGACCUGUCUAUAAUAAAUAAUGGAUUUAUUGUGAUGGUGUAAGCUACAUUACAUGGAUUUAUUAGACUUAAAAUGUAGAUGUUCCAAAGGUCUGCAUCAGUGGCUUGUAGGCUGUGUGUGGAAGCCAGGAGAUGCUAAAUGUGUUUAUGUUAAGCAUACGGUUCCUUGCGGCGGGGGACGGAAGAGGCCGUGUGAAUGAGGAAAAACCAACAGAACAGAAAAUAAUACGUCGGUACAGACCAUAUCGUGGAAAAAUGGGGGGUGGGGAUGCGGACGUGGCUCCGUGUUAACCUAGGAGGUCCCGUCCGGUUGAACCUAGAGAUAGAUAAGACCGUGGAUAUAGGCCUGACUUGAAUAGCUAUCUCAAGGCUGAUUAGCCGAACGAACAAAACCUGCCAUUUGGUGUGCGAGGCUAGCUUGUUGCGAUGGAUCCGGAAAGUUAAAAGUCCGUUGAUUCAGUGAUCCGCAGGAAAAAACGAGUAUGUAUCUGGUCGGAUAACUGCUAACUGUGCGACCUGUGGCCGAAACAUGAAGCCGAAAAUAGUCCAGGGGCUAAGAGUCUGGGUGUCGGGGCCCUGGUGAAUAUGAAAAAGGGGGGGAGGGGAGGGGGGGGGGGGGGGGAAAAAGAGUGACUGGGGGGCGAGGGUCACUGGACAAUAUGGUGACAAAACGCUAACAAGGUGUGCUAAUCGCAAGUAAACUAGGUUUAGCUGGGUCCUCCCGUUCCGGAAAUAGGGGGACAGGGCUGGAUUUAGAUAGCCAUAGGAUAUGGGCCGGGGGUGGCUCGAGGGGCUCAGCGUCAGGCUAACGUGGUGCUUGCGUGGGCGGGGGGGGCGAAUGGGGGAUGAUUAUGCCACAGCAAGACAUCACCAUUCGGGUGUUGCUAGGCUGGAGUUGCAAUGCGAGUGUUAAUAUCGGCAGGUGUGAUUCAGAAUUAUAAAAAAGUCCGUCAGAAAACGGGUCGGCUAUGUUCUGUUACUAAAAGAGGAGCCCAAACGUGGGAAAAGAAUUACUUUACCCAUACACUAAUAAAGAAACACUAAGUCAUGUCCUCAAAAAAACAAUGACACCACCACACACACAAAACGAGAAGGGCAAAAAGGAAAAAAAGGAGAAGAGAGGACGGCAGGCAGCACAGCGAGGAAACACAAGGGAAAAAGCACACCCGAGAAGGGGGAAAGGAAACCAAAACACACAGCAGACAGGGCAAACCGACACAGGGGGCAGGCACACAGCAAGGGGGGAAAAACAACAAACACAAAAAACAACAACACACAAGAACCCCACCGAAGGGCAAACAGUCUUUGAUCCUGCACUUCCACGACACACACACGCCACACACACACACCACACACGACAACCCAAGAUCUUUCGCCACUGGUAAACACAAAGGGCACGACACGAGGGGGAGAAAAAGCACAAGGGGACCAUCAAACACAAGCACACACACGCAGCGAAAAAAAGGCCACACCGGUCUGUCCCAUCGUGACGACACACAGGCAACACACACACACAGCACGCAACGCAGCACACAGGGGGGGGACAAUUCUUUCCUCUCUGUGAGCACGGGGGCGAGGCACGUCUGUCAUGUCACACGAUAGCUAAAAAGAGGAGAAUAGGAAUUAAAUGCAUAACCUUUCGAGUGAGUUAACUCAUACAAACCACACACCAUAGGGGGGGGCACCACCAUACACCAAACAACCAUAGACCCACACCAUAGAGAUAAAAACACAAACACAAGGGGGGGGGGACCAAUACACCACAACACACUUAUAGCUCGUUGCGAGAACUGGGGCAUGAAUCUUAACCCUACCCAUGGGGGCCCCUGAUUUCCCCCCUCCCUAGCCAAGUCCCAUGAUAUUCAGUGCCCCUCCCUCCCUAGCCCAUGAAGCCAUUAUAUUUCACAUGCCCCUCCCUAAACCCACUGAAGCACCAUUAUAUGUCAGCCCUCCUACCAGUAAGGCCCAUGAUAUUAAGCAAAGAGCCCCUCCCUCCCUACCCAUGUCGGGGAGCAUGAUAUUCAUGACGCACAUCCCUACCCAUGCCCAUGAUAUUCAGGCCCCUCCCUCCCUACCCAUAAAAAAAAACCCCAAAAUGAUAACAAUAAUUCAAGGCCCUCCUACCCAUAGCCCAAAGAAUCUCAAAAGAGGGGCCCCUCCCGGGUCCCUACACCAUGGCGCCAUGGAUAGUGAUGCAUAAAAGUCAGCCUCCAUGCCCAUGAUAUUCAUGCCCUCCUCCCUAACCAUGCCAUGAUAUUCAGGAACCCUCCCUCCCUACCCAUAAAAAGGGAAAAGGCCCAUAGUAUAUUGUCGAGAAAAAAAAGAGCAGCCAAUCCCAACCACAUAAAUGCGCCGUCUGAUGGAUUCAGCAGACCUCCCUCCCUGAGGGAGGAAACCCAGUGGGGAAAGGAAUGGAAAGCCCAGGUAGAUAUUCAGGCCCGCUGGGUGCCCUCACCGUAGCCGCCUGCCCAUGAAUAUUCAGCCCCUUCCUCACUACCCAUGGGGGGGGGAGGGGCCAGCAUAUCUUCAAGGCCGGGGCGGCUCCCUCCCGGAAUACGGCAUGGGCCCAUGGAAUGAGUUCAGGCCCUGAAUCGCUCCCUACCCAUGGCCCAUGAUAGUAAUAACAGUAAGCCACCAUCCCUACCCAUGGAAGGCCCAUAUAAUAUCAGAAUCAAGGCGCCGCAAAUCACAACCGUCCCUACCCAUGAACCCUGAAGUAUUCAGGGUCAAGGCCCCUCCAUCCGUAUCCAAGGAUACCAUGAAUUACAGAAGGCCCCCUCCCUACCCGAGAAAGGGGAAUCGCCGUGAUUGGCGAGGGACCCGCGUCCUCCCUACCCGAUGUCAACCAGUGAUAGUUCAGAGCCCAAAACUCCCUCCCUAGCCUAAUUUCUCCGGAUUACAUAAAUUCAGGAGGCCCCAUCCCGAUCCUAUGGCGGGGCAUGCCAACAAUGGACAAAUAUUCAAUAAGGCCCCCUCCCUCCUACCCGAUGGCCAUGAUAUUCAAGUGGGGGCCCCUCCGCUACCACAAUGGGGCCCCUUGAUAGUUAACAGCCCCUCCCUCCUACCGCAUGGGGAGCCAUAAUAUUGCAGGCCCUCCCGGAAGGUACCCUAUCCAAUUGAAGUAGGGCCCAUGAUAUGUCAUCCCGGCUCGCCUCCCUAGGUAGGCCGCAUCAAGGGCCGCAAAAUAUAUAUUCAAGGUCACGCCUCCGUCCCUACCCAUGCCCAUGAUAUUGCAUGCCCCUCCAUCCCAAUAGCCAAUAGUCCCAUGAUAUUCACGGGCCGCCAUCCCAAUCCCGUAGGCCCCAUAGCCCAGAUAUUCAGCCCUCCCCUACCCAUGCCCAGCUAUUCAGGGCCCUCGCUAACGGCCAAAGAAGGCCCGAUGAUCUUCAGGCCCCUCCCAUCCCUACCCUGCACCGAUGUAGGUAUGUCAGGGUCUCCUACAACACUACCGGCAUGGGCCCAGAUAUUCAGGGGCCCCUCCAACGUCCACUAA